GGGGGGCGCGGCCGCACUCGGACCCCGGAGCCCAUGGGCGCGCCGAGCCGGGCGCGGGGGCGCUGAGCGGCGGAGCGGGCGCGGCCGGAGGAGCCAUGGACUGCAGCCUCGUGCGGACGCUCGUGCACAGAUACUGUGCAGGAGAAGAGAACUGGGUGGACAGCAGGACCAUCUACGUGGGGCACAGGGAGCCACCUCCGGGCGCAGAGGCCUACAUCCCACAGAGGUACCCAGACAACAGGAUCGUCUCCUCCAAGUACACGUUUUGGAACUUUAUACCCAAGAAUUUAUUUGAACAAUUCAGAAGAAUAGCCAACUUUUAUUUCCUUAUCAUAUUUCUGGUGCAGUUGAUCAUUGACACGCCCACAAGUCCAGUAACAAGUGGACUCCCACUCUUCUUUGUCAUUACUGUCACGGCCAUCAAACAGGGUUAUGAAGACUGGCUUCGACAUAAAGCAGACAACGCCAUGAACCAGUGUCCCGUUCAUUUCAUCCAGCACGGCAAGCUCGUCCGGAAGCAAAGCCGAAAGCUGCGAGUUGGGGACAUUGUCAUGGUCAAGGAGGAUGAGACCUUUCCCUGCGACUUGAUCUUCCUUUCCAGCAAUCGGGGAGAUGGGACGUGCCACGUCACAACCGCCAGCUUGGACGGAGAAUCCAGCCAUAAGACGCAUUACGCCGUGCAGGACACAAAAGGCUUCCACACGGAGGAGGAUAUCGACGGGCUCCACGCCACCAUUGAGUGCGAGCAGCCCCAGCCCGACCUCUACAAGUUCGUGGGUCGCAUCAACGUUUACAGUGACCUGAAUGACCCUGUGGUGAGACCCUUAGGAUCGGAAAACUUGCUGCUUAGAGGAGCCACACUGAAGAACACAGAGAAAAUCUUCGGUGUGGCUAUCUACACGGGCAUGGAAACCAAGAUGGCACUGAAUUAUCAGUCGAAAUCGCAGAAGCGGUCUGCCGUGGAAAAAUCCAUGAAUGUGUUCCUCAUUGUGUACCUUUGCAUCCUGAUCAGCAAAGCCCUGAUAAACACUGUCCUGAAAUACGUGUGGCAGAGCGAGCCCUUCCGGGAUGAGCCGUGGUAUAAUCAGAAGACGGAGUCGGAAAGACAGAGGAAUCUGUUCCUCAAGGCCUUCACAGACUUCCUGGCCUUCAUGGUCCUCUUCAACUACAUCAUCCCCGUGUCCAUGUACGUCACGGUCGAGAUGCAGAAAUUCCUCGGCUCCUACUUCAUCACCUGGGACGAAGACAUGUUUGAUGAGGACACUGGCGAGGGGCCUCUGGUGAACACGUCAGACCUCAACGAAGAGCUGGGACAGGUGGAGUACAUCUUCACAGACAAGACCGGCACCCUCACGGAGAACAACAUGGAGUUCAAGGAGUGCUGCAUCGAAGGCCACGUCUACGUGCCCCACGUCAUCUGCAACGGGCAGGUCCUCCCAGACGCCUCAGGGAUUGACAUGAUCGACUCGUCCCCCAGCGUCAGCGGGAGGGAGCGUGAGGAGCUGUUUUUCCGGGCCCUCUGUCUCUGCCACACGGUCCAGGUGAAAGACGAUGACAACGUGGAUGGCCCCAGGAAGUCGCCAGACGGGGGGAAAUCCUGUGUGUACAUCUCAUCCUCACCCGAUGAGGUGGCGCUGGUCGAAGGUGUCCAGAGACUUGGCUUUACAUACCUGAGGCUAAAGGACAAUUACAUGGAGAUCCUGAACAGGGACAACGACGUGGAAAGGUUUGAAUUGCUAGAAAUUUUGAGUUUUGACUCAGUAAGAAGGAGAAUGAGCGUCAUUGUGAAAUCUGCUGAAGGAGACAUUUAUCUGUUUUGCAAAGGAGCAGAUUCUUCUAUAUUCCCCCGAGUGAUAGAAGGCAAAGUUGACCAGAUACGAGCCAGAGUGGAGCGGAAUGCUGUGGAGGGGCUCCGGACUCUGUGCGUGGCCUAUAAAAGGCUGAUCCCAGAAGAGUAUGAAGGCAUCUGCCAACUGCUGCAGGCUGCCAAGGUGGCCCUUCAGGAUCGGGAGAGAAAGUUAGCAGACGCGUAUGAGCAGAUCGAGAAGGAUCUCAUUCUGCUUGGUGCUACGGCCGUUGAGGACCGGCUGCAGGAGAAAGCUGCAGACACCAUCGAGGCCCUACAGAAGGCUGGGAUCAAGGUCUGGGUUCUCACGGGAGACAAGAUGGAGACGGCCGCGGCCACGUGCUACGCCUGCAAGCUCUUUCGCAGGAACACGCAGCUGCUGGAGCUCACCACCAAGAGGAUCGAGGAGCAGAGUCUGCACGACGUCCUGUUUGAGCUGAGCAAGACGGUCCUUCGCCACAGCGGGAGCCUGACCAGGGACACCUUCUCCGGACUUUCGGCAGAUCUGCAGGACUACGGUUUAAUCAUCGACGGGGCCGCGCUGUCUCUGAUCAUGAAGCCUCGACAAGACGGGAGUUCCGGCAACUACAGGGAGCUCUUCCUGGAGAUCUGCCGCAGCUGCAGUGCGGUGCUCUGCUGCCGCAUGGCGCCCUUGCAGAAGGCCCAGAUUGUCAAAUUAAUCAAAUUUUCAAAAGAGCACCCGAUCACCUUGGCAAUUGGCGACGGUGCGAACGAUGUCAGCAUGAUUCUGGAAGCGCACGUGGGCAUAGGUGUCAUCGGCAAGGAAGGCCGCCAGGCGGCCAGGAACAGUGACUAUGCAAUUCCGAAGUUUAAGCAUUUGAAGAAGAUGCUGCUUGUUCACGGGCAUUUUUAUUACAUCAGGAUAUCUGAGCUCGUGCAGUACUUCUUUUAUAAGAACGUCUGCUUCAUCUUCCCCCAGUUUUUAUACCAGUUCUUCUGUGGGUUUUCACAGCAGACUUUGUAUGACACCGCGUAUCUGACCCUGUACAACAUCAGCUUCACCUCCCUCCCCAUCCUCCUGUACAGCCUCAUGGAGCAGCACGUCGGCAUCGACGUGCUCAAGAGAGACCCGACCCUGUACAGGGACAUCGCCAAGAACGCACUGCUGCGCUGGCGCGUGUUCAUCUACUGGACGCUCCUGGGACUGUUUGACGCGAUGGUGUUCUUCUUUGGUGCUUAUUUCAUGUUUGAAAACACAACCGUGACGAGCAACGGGCAGAUAAUGACUACCAGCACGCACAUGAUAUUUGGAAACUGGACGUUUGGGACACUGGUGUUCACUGUGAUGGUGUUCACAGUCACACUAAAGCUUGCAUUAGACACACACUACUGGACUUGGAUCAACCAUUUUGUCAUCUGGGGGUCACUGCUGUUCUACGUCAUCUUUUCGCUUCUCUGGGGAGGAGUGAUCUGGCCGUUCCUCAACUACCAGAGGAUGUACUACGUGUUUAUCCAGAUGCUGUCCAGCGGGCCCGCCUGGCUGGCCAUCGUGCUGCUGGUGACCGUCAGCCUCCUUCCCGACGUCCUCAAGAAAGUCCUGUGCCGGCAGCUGUGGCCGACGGCAACAGAGAGAGUCCAGCAGAAUGGGUGCGCACAGCCUUGGGACCGAGACUCAGAAUUCACCCCUCUUGCCUCUCUGCAGAGCCCAGGCUACCAGAGCACCUGUCCCUCGGCCACCUGGAGCAGGUCCAGGCCUCAGCAGGUGACACUCGCAGUCUGGAAGGGGAAGGUGUCCGCGGAGCCCCCACCUGCCCCUGGCUGUUCCCAUCAUUCCUGCAGUUCCAGCUCAAUGCCCGGCUGCCCUGGGUCCCUUGUGGGAAUGCUCGUGUGAUGGGCGACCCCCAAGCCUGUGGAGACUGUGCUUGUGCCUAUUCCUGGCCCCCAGCAGGCAAGGAGGGGCCACAGGCCUUACCUCGAGCGUGGCCAUUGGCCAUCUGGACUAGCGCUGCGGUGGUUCAGCCAUGGUGGUGGCCUCUGGGCCUUCAGCUCAACUCAGAAGGGACAUUCUGCCGGCCCACCCUGUGCACCAUGCAGAAGAGGCCGUUCCCCCAGGCCUGUGUCUUCACCCACCUGCCAUCAUCAGUCUUUGCUGUCACUGGGAGAGAAGAGCCAUCCAGGGACCCGUGGUGGCCCACGUGUGGACGCUGCCCACUGCUGUGUCCUGCUUGCCUGGCCGCCGCCCAUGCCCUCCGUAGGGUGAGGUGAAGCUGUGGCAGUGUGCCCUUUACUCAAGAACCCUCAAUCCUCAUGCUGUGGGAAGGGCCAGGUCACUCGGAUACUGUCAUCCCCACCGACGCAAGGCUGUGCCCUGCUCAUGUGGGGGCGUUUCCCCGCAGGUAAAGCUGAGCCCGCCUGCCCUGUGUGUCAGGCUGGCUGAGUUGCGGUCUCUUCCCAUCACUGGCAGCCUCCUGGAGAAAGCAGUGCCACGUGGGAGGACAGGGCCAUGCCAGCAGCUCCCGGCCCUGCAGCAGAAGUGCCAGGAUGUCCGUCAGCCACUCGCCUGAGCACAGAGCCAUCAGCCCACCCCCACCACUUUUAUGGGAGAAUGUUGAUCUCGUGUGUGUGAGGGCCAGGGGGACAGAUACUUGGCUGUGAUGGGCAGACAUCCUCUGUCCCCGUGGAGGGGUGACCUCCAAGGUGGCGGUCAUGCCCCAGAGCCUGUCUCGGGCUGAUUGGGGUGGCCCACAGGAAGGGGGUCAAUUCCAACAGGCAGCACUGCGCCCCCACCCGCCAGGCUCUGCCUCGCCGCAUCCCCUUGUCCCCGUGUCCCCACAUCCCAACGCAGGGCUCUCCUUCCUCUUAGGAUUCUGUUCAGCGACAGCUGCUGUGAUAGGAAGUCCCUGUUGCUCUCUAUACCGGCAUUUCUAUUUCUACAAACCUUUACGUAGCCUUAAUGGUCCUUAAAGAAGACAUUUCAGUGUGAAAUUCAGACUUCAGACGCUGAAACUGCUGCCUUUUGGGAAAGCAUCAUCGGAUGUGCAGGUGCCGUCCUCACGCCCGCCCGCACACACCGCACCGGGAAACAGGGCCGUGGCAGGGGAAGCCCAGGGCGGUUCCGAGGUGCUUGACAGUAGGUGUUUUUGGAAGCUCAAAUUUCACCAUUUGAUUGUAUAAUCUUUUACCUAGAAAAUAUUUAUUUGAACUAGAGGAUAAAUCAACUGUAAGAACAGUGAACACAGUGGCUGGGAUGAACUAAGGUGACAAACACCACACCAAAGAUUAGGGUAGGGAGCAGCUGGCUUGAGCAGACAGAAUGCAGAGGACUCCACGCUGUCCCGCGGGGCCGUCCCGCCCCGAGGUCCCUGUGCGGCCGCCCUGGCUUGGCAGUCCUGCCCAUGCCACCCCGCGAACAACGGUGUGUGCAUUUUUACAGCCCUUUUUAAGAACCCAAUGUGGGUGUAAAUGUAAUACCUGUAGGGAGACAGGCUCUCUGUAUGCUCAGUUAACAAAUUAUUUGUAAUGUAUUUUUUAGAAAUCUUAAAAUUGCCUUUGCACUGAAGUAUUUUCAUAGCUGUUUAUAUCUCUUCGUUUAUUUAACAUACAGUCUAAUUUUAAAACUAUGUUUUUAAAGCUUUCCUUUUUAAGUUUAUGAAGUUUUGGCCACUUUACAUUUAGAUUCUGGGGAGAGUAUUGACUGAACGUUCCAGUCUCUGAUGAAUGUGAAUUUCAGGUUUGAUUUUAUCCUACACACAACUUCCUUUCUUGGUAUUUCUGGUGCCGGCGAUUAGUUGAACAGCAUAUUUAAGGUACGAUAAUUUGCUACGCUUCUUCUUUACAAUUCAUUGCAGUUUCAUCUGCUUUCUAUGUGUUGUUAAUUUCCAUCCUUCAGCCUUAAAAACAGAAGAUUCUCACGUGAAGGGUUAGUAAGCUGGGGCCCAGUCUGCUUGUGUCGAGAUAGUCACCACGUACCUCUGACAACAAGUCUUAGUGUGACAGUCACUCAAUCUUACACACUCCCAAACAUGUUUUUAAAAGUUGCUUGGGAAAUUAUUAAAUGAAUGUGCCUGAUAAUUUGAAAUAGACAAGCGGCACGAGACAAAAAAUAAAAGGAUGGGAAGACCCUCAGUGACUGACGUUGCAGCUGUGACUCCACAGUUUUCCACCUCACACUAGUUAGAAUUUACUUGCCUUUAACUUUGAAGCAAGUAAUGUCAACUUGAAGCACUUUGUUUUUAAAAAUCUUAUUCGCUGCUGCACAUGUUAAUAAAUUACCAACUUGUAACUCAGCAUGUUGGUCAGAUACACGGUUGCUGCUCCACACCCAGUCCCUGCCACAGACCGUCUGUCUCAUACACUCACAGGCUGCACAUGAGUUCCCUGCACUUUGGCUCUACUUCGCUCACAGCCAUGUACACAUGGAGGCUUGCACACAGGAACACAUGCAUACAUAUGCACAUGGACACAGGCAUGCAAGCUCCAACAGGCAUGCAUGCACACAAAUGUGUGUGAGCUCCUACACAUACACGCACACACAUACGGACACCACAAAAGCAUGUGUGACCUACACACAUAGGAAAUCCAUGCAUAGAUGUACACAUACCACAGGCACAUGAAAGCUCCUACACACACAAUGCAUGCAUGCACACACACCACAAACCUAUACACACAAUGCAUGCAUGCACACACAUGACAAACCUACACACACAAUGCAUGCAUGCACACACACCACAAACCUAUACACACAAUGCAUGCAUGCACACACAUGACAAACCUACACACACAAUGCAUGCAUGCACACACACCACAAACCUAUACACACAAUGCAUGCAUGCACACACAUGACAAACCUACACACACAAUGCAUGCAUGCACACACACCACAAACCUACACACACAAUGCAUGCCUGCACACACACCACGUUCCUACACAUGGACACGUGAGUACACACAUGCAUGUACAUUAAGCACGUAUGUACAAGCUCCUACAGGCUGCUCUCACAUGCCUACGCACACCAGAAAUACGUAUGAACUUUUAUACCUGUACACAUGCAUACAUACACAUGUAUUCACUACAAACACGUGUGCAAGUUCUCACACACAAACGUGUACACACACCGCAGACAUGAGUUCCAAGACAUGUAAACACACAUGCACACGUGAGCUCCUACACAUGUACAUGCACAUGCACACACCCCCAGACGUGCAGGCUCCUGCACUCAUGAACACAUGCAUGUAUACACAUGUAUACGUACAUAAACACGUGUGCACACAUGAAUGCAUACACAUAUGUGCCACAAACACAUGCACCCUUGCCUGGUGUCCCACACUGCAUUCUUCUUCCUUCCUGAGGGCCCUGUGAGGGGCCUCUGGCCAGGCAUGAGAAGAUGGGGCUCCCUGGACCCUACCCCAUGCCUCUGUGUGAUGAAGAGUCCUCCUGAUAGAAUGUCUGGGUUUUGCAGAGCAGGCCCUGGGGGGUGAAGCCACAGCUUCACUUACACAGCUGCUCUGUGACCAACACUUGGUGCCCUGGACAAGGCCCUUUCCCCUUCAGGGAGGUCCAGCCCCACAAGAUGAAAUGUCCCCUUGGCUCAGCCCUAAACCAGGCGGCCACAGUAGGACUGGCUGCACCAACGCCACACCUCAUCCCUGACAUGUCAGGGAGCAGCUUUCUGCCACAAGCCAGCUGGGCAGGGCCACAGCCUCUUCAAGCCCCAAUCAACCCAGCUUGUGUCUGAGCAGACGUGGUAAACAAGCAGGCCACACAACCUUGAGGGAGGAGGCCAGAAACGGCCAGCCUCUCCCACACGGUGACCAUUCGGCUUGCCGAGCGUUUAAACACGUUUAGACAUGCUGUUGUGACCCCACUGAGUUGAGCCUCGGCCCAGGGUCCAGUGCCCAAGCAGGAAACCCCCAGCCUCCUCCUUCAGACCACUCUGUUCAUGUGUUUUGCACUGACUCGUGUUGAAUAAUGCAAACCACUUUUAUUUAAUCUUACUGUUAUUUAUCUGACAACUCAGCGUCUGACAGCUUGAUGUGCAGGUCCUUGCAUCCUACAUUUCUUUAGGAAGUUACCCAUUUGUAACUUUAAAAACAGGAAAUAUAUCAGUUGGCAAAUGUGAUCUUUUUUAUUUUUAGCUAAAGGUGGGUGAACGUGAACGAAACGGUUCUCAUGUUGUGUCUAUAAGCAGCUUUGAUGGGACGUGUUAGAAGUGUCAUGAAAGUAUGAUUCUACUUUUGCAGAAAACAAAUCUAAAUAUCAAUUUAUAUAGCUUUAUUUUUUACCUUAUCAAAGUAUACGGAAUUUUAAUAUGCAUAUAUUGUGUCUGACUUAAAAUUAAAAUGUCUGCGUUACCAUUUAAAAUGUCUAUUCAUUAUGUAAUGUAAUAAAAGAAGGUCUUCAAAAAUGUAUUUAACAUGAAUGGUAUCCAUAGUCGUCAUCAUCAUAAAUACUGGAGUUUAUUUUUAAAUUAUUGAACAUAGUAGGUGCAUUUAACACAGUAACAUUUAACUGUUAAUUCAUUAAUCUGCUUUGAAAAAUUAAGUUGUGAAUGAAACCAAAUAUAGCAUUUCUGUAAAGCUUAUUUUGUAUGCUCCUGGUUUUAACUUUUAUUUCUGUAGAUGAACUGACUUGAUAAUACUAUGUUGGACUUUUCUCUAGACUAUCUAAGCAGGAGACCUGAAUCUGCUUGCAAUAAAGAAUAAAAAUCUG